AUGGCCGCCCAGUCUCCACCAACCGGCACAACAACAUCCCAAUACUUUCAAUUUUGUUUCAACAACCCGUUAACGCUGGCGAUGUCGGCCAACCCAAACGGCCACCCAAUGGCCUCAGUAGCGGUAUUCUGUCCGCAAAGCAAGGCUCCUGGGGAGAGCUAUCUCAACGAAGUACACUCCUUCCUCCGCCACAGCGAGUACCUCGAACCAUUUGUGCAACGAAUGCUUGACCUUAAAGACGUCUGGACUAUCCUCGCCAACGAACGACAGGACAUUGCCGAUCUGGGCCAAGGGCCCCGAUACAUUCAGAAUCUAUCAGAAUGGUUCGCCACAGGAAAGUCAUCCCAAAUCGCCAACUGCAUGUCCGGGAUCCUAUCGCUUCCGCUGCUUGUCGUCAUCCAGAUAUGCCAAUAUUUUCAGUAUCUGGAGCUCCAUGGGAUGUCACACUCCCAAUUUAUGGCGCAGCUCCGAACAGGGGGCGGCAUCCAGGGGUAUUGCGGAGGCCUACUACCAGCCAUUGCAAUUGCUUGUUCUAAAACCGAAGCUGAGGUUGUAGAGAACGCGGCAAGAGCAGCGCGAAUCGCGCUCGCAAUUGGGGCUUACGGUGAACUCGGAGACGAUGAAUCCGUGCCCGGAGCAACGACCAUUGUUGUUCGCACGAAACGAGUCGGCCAGGGAGAUGAAUUGAUCGAAAAAUUUCCCGGGUCAUACAUAUCGGCAGUCACAGAUCCGAAAACAAUCAGCAUCGUCGGCCCAGUGCCAGUCCUCCUCAAGCUACAAUCUUACGCACGAGAGCAGGGUCUGCUCGUGCAAGAAAUGUUUAUCCGAGGCAAAGUGCACAACCCCGAGAACUUUGAACUUGCCUAUGAACUUUGUCAGCUGUGCGACAGGACCGAGAUCCUUCGGCUUCCUGACGCCAGCAACUUGCAGGCUUGCGUGAGGUCCAACAAGACGGGCGAUCUGAUCACAAGAGGGUCGCUCACACACGAAACAGUCAACGUAAUCCUCGCGUCACGGUGCGAAUGGUAUACACUCCUCACAGAGUUGGCCAAGGACCUUGAUUUGUCCGGACGUCGAAGUCACACGUUUGCGACAUUUGGAAUUGGGGACUGCAUUCCGCUAUCCCCAUUCCAUAAGCUUCAGCUCCAGAUCACAAAGGUGGAUGUGCAGUCUCUCAUAGCCGAAACCAUGCAUAAAGUUCGAACAAACAGAUUGGAAGGUGGUUAUUCUUACCCGACAGAUGCUGUUGCCAUCACGGGUGCCUCAUGUCGACUACCAGGAGCUAACAGCAUGGAGGAGCUCUGGGAUCUCAUUUCCAGCGGUAGUUCACAACAUACAGAAGUCCCCACGGACAGAUUCGAUCUGCAUGGGAGCUUCCGCGCAUCUCAAGACCGCAAAUUUACUGAUAAGCGCAAAUUCUACGGCAACUUUGUUGACCAAGUAGAGAAGUUUGACCAUACGUUCUUUCGCACCAACCCCAAAGAAGCAUUGAAUAUGGAUCCCCAACAACGCGUACUCCUCGAACUUGCCUAUCAAGCCAUGGAAUCAAGCGGCUACCUGGGCUCACAUCGGCGCGAAUCAGGAGAUUCUGUUGGUUGUUUCAUAGGCGCCAGCUUCGCGGAAUAUCUCGACAACACAAACGCUCAUCCACCAACAGCAUACACGUCGACGGGAACAAUCAGAGCUUUCCUGUGUGGUAGAAUUAGCUACUACUUUGGCUGGAGCGGUCCCUCUGAAGUGUUGGAUACGGCUUGCUCGUCGUCUCUCGUUGCCAUUAAUCGAGCCUGUAAGGCUAUUCAAAUAGGCGAAUGUACCAUGGCUCUUGCAGGAGGCGUUAAUAUUAUGAGCGGGAUAAACAACUUCCUGGAUCUGGCCAAAGCCGGAUUCUUGAGCCCUACAGGCCAAUGUAAACCAUUUGAUCAAGCUGCAGAUGGCUACUGUCGUUCCGAAGGUGGAGGGCUGGUCGUCCUAAAGCUUCUCAACCAAGCAUUGGCAGAUGGCGAUCAGAUUCUCGGUGUCAUCCCCGGCAUAGCGACUAAUCAGGGUGGACUGUCUUCCUCCAUCACAAUUCCGCAUUCUCCCGCACAAAAGAAAUUAUAUCAGACCGUCUUGCGCCAAGCCGGCAUGAAACCAGACCAAGUCUCCUAUGUCGAGGCUCACGGGACAGGUACACAAGCCGGAGAUCCGUUAGAGAUAGCUAGUAUCCGCGAGGUGUUUGGGGGACAAGACAGAACCGACCUGCUGAACGUUGGCUCUCUCAAAGGCAACAUCGGCCAUGCAGAGACCGCAGCAGGUGUAGCCAGUCUGCUCAAGAUUCUCGCCAUGAUCAACAAGGCCAGCAUCCCACCCCAGGCCAGCCACAAAUCUCUGAAUCCUAAGAUCCCUGAUUUAGGAGUGGACAAAAUGAGCAUUGCCUCAAAACUUACUCGAUGGGAGGCCGACUUAUUGGCGGCCUGUGUGAACAGUUACGGAGCAGCAGGAAGUAAUUGCGCCAUGAUCUGUUGCGAAGGGCCUCCACAAAAGACAGAAGUCUCCAAGCAGUUCACCACAGCUGAAGCCGAAUCAACAUACCCAUUAAUCGUAAGCGCAGCGUCUCAAGAAAGUCUGUACGCAAAUGUCGAAAGUCUGGGUCAAUACCUCCAAAAGAUAACGCCAAAGCCCAAUUUGGGCGAUGUGGCAUUUACACUCAGCAAGCGACGCAAGCUUCACCGUCAAAUCUUCGUCACCUGCACGUCCGACAUCAACGAUCUGGUACAAAGUCUCAAAAAGGAGGCUCAAAUCUCUUUCGAGGUGCCACAAACGCCAAAGCGGGUUGUCCUAGCUUUUGGAGGGCAAACCAAGAAAACCGUGAACAUGGAGAAAAGCCUGUACGAGUCUCACCCACGUCUGAAGGACUACGUCGAUGAAUGCGACAAGAUCGUUACAGACCUGGGGUUUCCCACACUCCUGCCCUCGAUAUUCCAAUCAGAGCCGCUGACAGAUGUGGUAACGCUGCAAUGCGGCACCUUCGCCAUGCAAUACGCAUGCGCCAAGUGCUGGAUCGACGCUGGUCUCCAGGUAGAGGCUAUUGUUGGCCACAGCUUUGGCGAGCUGACGGCCAUGGUAGUCUCAGGUGUCCUCUCACUUCGGGAUGGCCUCAAGCUCAUCGCUUCUCGGGCAUCGUUGAUGGUAACCAAAUGGGGUCCAGACAGGGGGACCAUGCUUGUGAUCCACAGCAGCCGCGACACUGUGCAAGGCGUGAUCACCACUAUCAACGCCGGUUCAACAGAGCCAGAACUCGAAUUUGCAUGCUACAAUGCUCCAUCAAUUCAGGUCGUGGUCGGCAGUUCUCUCGCCAUUGAUCGAACCGAAAGCCUGUUAAACGCGGACCCGCGCUUCUCCGGCAUCCGAAGCCAGCGGCUUGAUGUGACCCAUGGAUUCCACUCAAAGUUCACACAAGGCAUUCUCGAUGAUCUCGACCAGGUCUCGAUAUCACUGACCUACUCUAAGCCGGAAAUUCACCUGGAAACCUGUACUGCAGAGCCGAGUAACCACAUGUCAGCGACAAGACCUUCUCAACACGCGCGAGAACCCGUACAUUUCUCAGACGCUGUUCGGAGAAUUGAAGAACGUCUUGGUCCCUGCAUCUGGCUGGAGGCUGGGAUGGACUCACCGAUCAUCCCAAUGAUCAAAAGAGCCUUGACCGCGCCAGAUGAUCAUUCUCUACAAGCUAUCAAGAUGUCAGAUUCUCAGGCGCCUAUGACGUUGUUGUCCAACGUGACAAUGAACUUCUGGCGCGAAGGGAUUCCAGUAUUGUACUGGAACUUCCUCCCGUCAAGAAGGAAUGCCUUCAAGCAAAUCUGGCUCCCACCGUAUCAAUUCCAGCCAACAGCCCACUGGCUCAAGAACAUCGAUCGGGCCGUUGAGGCACAGAAGAAUGCCGUGGUCGAGAAGACGACAAUUGUAGAGAAGAUCCAAGAACCAGAAGCGCCAUUGAGACUGGUGAACGUUGCGAAAGGUGCGAGCAAGAACGAGCGCUCCAGAGAAUUCGACAUUGGCUUGGGAACAAAACGUUUCACCAAGAUUGUAUCUGGCCAUGCAGUUCGACAGAGACCACUAUGUCCGGCGUCAAUGUACAUGGAGUGCGCAGCAAUGGGCGUGCAGCUGCUCCAAGGAUUUACGGAAGCCGGCACUCUUAGCUUCCUCGACGUGUCCUUUCAGGCAGCUCUGGGUGUCGACCUGGCUCGAGAAGCUUCCUUGACACUCGAAAAGUGCAACGACUCGCAAGCAUGGAACUUCGUGAUCAAAAGUUCUUCAAAACGCGACUCAAAGUCGAAAUGCUCAACGCAUGCAAAGGGCAGAAUUGUGCUGAACCCGCAGCCUGAUUUCAGAACAUAUGAGAGACUCAUCGCUGACAGAAUCUAUGAGCUGGAGAGUAAGCCGAACACCGAGAAGCUAAUGUCCAACCGGGCCUAUGGAUUAUUCUCCCAGGUGGUCCACUACGCCGACUUCCUCCACGGUAUUUCGCACAUCACACUAGACAAGGCCGAGGCAAUAGCCAACAUCGACCUUCCUGACGAAGCCCAGUUUGGUCUUGACGAGAGCACAGUAACUCAAUACUGCGACACCAUAGCUAUAGACACAUUUAUCCAGGUCGUGGGCCUCCUCAUCAACAGCAGCGCCCUGGUGACCAGCGAAGACGUCUUCGUCGCCACAGGAGUCGAACGCGUCUCGAUGUCCUCAGCCUGCGACUUCCACAAUCGCAAAUCCUGGACUGUCUACACGAAGUACACAAGCACGGGUGAGGGCAAAGCAGCAGGGGAUGUCUUCGUCAUGACACGCGAAGGGGCCCUGGCGAUGAUAAUCACAGGGGCACAAUUCACCAAGCUCUUAAUCUCGAAGCUCGAGAGGUUUUUAGAUUCUGCCAACGCAAAGCCGUCCCAAGGGACUGCCGUGGGAAAGAUUUGUCUCCCACACGGACCGGUCAAGUCCCCCGUAACGUCAUCCACGGCAACAUCCGUUGAAGGAACCGAGACCCCGACGGACAUUGACAACAGCAGCACGGCAACAUCAGUCGAAAGCAAUGAUGGACUCGCAACACCGGAGGCAGUCGAUGAUGGCGCUGAAAUGAGCCUGCGGAAAAUCAUCGCUACCUAUACAGGGCUUUCUCCAGCAGAGAUAGCGCACGAUGCCAGCAUGGCGGACCUAGGCGUGGACUCUCUGGCCGCCGUUGAGCUGGCAGAAGAACUCCAGGCACAAUUUGGCAAGGAGGUCGUAGCCGAAGAUCUCCUUGAAAGCAGCUACGGAACCCUCUCGGAACUCCUUGUUCCUUUCUCCUCGACCAAGAAAGCGAUUUUGCAUCCUUCCGAUGACUCAGGGCCUCAGGCUGCAAUUCCUAUUCAAUUUUCAACCUCACCAUCGUCCUCGUCCAACGUCAACGGUAGCCCACAGAACACGCAAGGCCACCAAGUCGCUUUGAAAUUACUUUCCGAUACCUCAGGAGCCCCCAUCGCCUCCAUCAACGGCAAAGCCACCCUUCAAGAACUCGGUAUCGAUUCACUCUCCGCCGUUGAGCUCAAGGGCGAUCUCGAGGACGCAUUCGAAAUUGAAAUCGAAGACGACAGGUUUACCCUGGAUUCGACCGUGAAGGAUAUCCUGGACUUCCUCGGAGUAGGAGGCGCACCCCAGGAGGCAUCUUCUUCGCUAGCAACGGUCACAAAGCCAACAAACCAAGUAGGCCGAGAUGAAUCAAGCGGCUUUGAUAAGAGUUUUUCUGCCGUGAAGAGUCAGGGCAAAGUGGUCGAACUAGGGAGCCCUAUGGAAGCGCUGGUCCAGUGCGAGUCGUUUUUCGAGAAAGCGGCUGCCAAAUGUGGGUUCCUAAAUUACUGGACUGAAGUAGCUCCAAAGCAAGACGAACUCCUGCUGGCUUACAUCUGCGAGGCCUUUCAAGCUCUAGGUUCAGACAUUGGUCAGAUUCCACAAGGCCAGCAAGUUCCCUCGAUUACCCAUCAGCCGAAACAUAAGAAGGUGAUGAAUCGACUGCUCGAAAUCCUCGAGAAGCAUGACGUCUUGACCAGGGAGGGGUCAGACCUCAUCCGCGGUAGCAGAAGGACACCAUCCGCGCCAUCUCAAGAACUCCAUAAUCAAUUCCUUGCACAAUUCCCCCCGUACGCUGGCGAAGCUCGACUCAUGGCCCUGACAGGCCCAAAGCUAGCCGACUGUCUUGCCGGCAAGACCGACCCCAUAACCCUUAUGUUCCGCGGUGCCGCAGCCCAGAAAGUUAUGGAAGACUACUACUGCGCCUCGCCGAUGCUGUCCACCCUAACGGAACAACUAGUGACCUUCCUUCGCACCGUGGUGACCUCCAGUAGCACUGCAUCCAGCGACACGCCCAUCCGAAUCCUCGAAGUAGGCGCCGGCUUCGGCGGCACAACGACGCGACUCGCGGAAGUGUUACAAUCGAGCAGGGUACCCGUCUCCUACAAAUUCACCGACAUCUCGCCCUCGCUCGUAAAAGGCGCCAAAGCCAAAUUUGCAAGGUACCCCUGGAUGGAAUUCCAGUCCUUGAAUCUGGAAAGCGAUAUGCCCGCCUCGCUCAAAGAUACAUACGACAUUGUCAUCGGCACCAACUGCGUGCACGCGACGACGAACAAGACCAAAACAAUCAGCAGGCUGAAGAGCCUUUUGAACGCGCAAGGCUUCAUGGUGCUCUCAGAAGUGACGCAGCUGGUCGACUGGUACGACAUCGUCUUCGGGCUGCUGGAUGGCUGGUGGCUCGCCAACGACGGGUCAACCUACCCCCUGCAGCCGCCAGAGUCAUGGGUACGGUCCUUCGAACAGGCCGGCUUCAGCAGGAUAUCGUUUUCGCAGGGCCCGAGUCCAGAAUCCAACACGCAGCGACUGCUGGUGGCAUCCAAUGACCCAAAGGUGACUGCACCCCUCCGUGGCGAAGAGAGACAGCCCAGCGUGCAGACGGUUGUGUAUAAAGAGGUCGAAGACACUCAGAUCGAGGCAGACAUCUACCUGCCCGCCCAGGCUUCUGCAAAAGCCAUGCCUGUCGCACUCAUGAUCCACGGCGGCGGGCACAUGACGCUUUCCAGAAAAGCAAUCCGACCCUUCCAGACCGCCUGCCUCCUCCGCCACAACGUGCUACCCGUCAGCAUCGACUACCGGCUCUGUCCAGAGAUAAACCUCAUCGACGGGCCUAUCACGGAUGUACGCGACGCGUAUGGGUGGCUGCAGACGGGCUUGCAAGCUGUGGUGAAAAGCAGAGGGAUCCUGGUGGAUGAGAAGAGGAUCGUGGUGAUAGGGUGGUCGACUGGUGGGCAUUUGGCCAUGACGACGGCGUGGAAGAGCAAAGAGGCAGGGUUGAGGCCUCCAGUGGCAAUCUUGAGCUUCUAUGGUCCUACCGACUUUGAGUCUGGAGGCAAGUUGAUCGAUCUACACGUUCUAUCUCUCUUUUGCUUUGCGUUGUCAAAUGAUGCCUUCCUUCCACCUCCGUCUCCCCCACUCCAACAAAGCGUAGCCCCGCUAACUCCUAGUCUCCGCCCCCCGCAGAUCUCGAUGUCCGGCGGGCCGAAAUGUACCCGGAGCGGCGGCUGUCAAUGGACAACAUCAUCUCCUCUCUGCCUACGAAACCAUUCGACCUGA